GUGUUCAGUGCCGGCUGGUUGCUCCGUUAGCGAGGACGUGCCUUUCUGUCGCUCCCUCUAUUUUCUUCAUCUCUCUCUCUCUCCCUCCCUCUCCUUCUCUCUCUCUCUCCUUCUCUCUCUCUCUCUGUCUGUCUGUCAUCAUCUUCCUCCCUCACGCGCUUUCCUCUCAUUGUGGUCUCUUGUUAUUUCAUUUUUUUUCGUGUAUGUGUGUGUGGGGGGGCUCUCUCGUGGACUAAGCAGGAAGACACACACACACACACACACACACACACCGACACCGAGACAGACGGGAGAGAGAAGCAGAACGGAGGCUGCGUAGCUCCCCCCCUCCGGUUCCCCCCCUCCGCCAGCCUUCCUGCCUGGGUGCUGAGUCCUGGGUCCUCCUCCCUCCCCGUCUCCCUGCCUGCCUGCCUGCCUGCCUGCGUGCCUGGGUGCCUGGGGAGAGUCUCAGGCUGCGAGCCCGCCGCCACUGGAGGAACAGCAGCAGCAGCAACAGCAGCAGCAGCAAGCAGCAAGCAGCAUCAGUAGCCGCGGAGGCAGCAGCCGAUGGUCAUGGUGAAGGAGAAAGUGGCCCAUGCUCAGGAAUCGCACCACCCCCCAGAGAAGCUGGUGAUCCGCUGCUAUAAGUGUGGCGAGCCAUGCAAGGGCGAGGUGCUCCGCGUGCAGUCCAAGCACUUCCACAUCAAGUGCUUCACAUGCAAAGUGUGCGGCUGCGACCUGGCCCAGGGCGGCUUCUUCAUGAAGAACGGCGAGUACCUGUGCACGCUGGACUACCAGAGGCUGCACGGCACGCGCUGUAACGGCUGCGGGGACUUUGUGGAGGGGGAGGUGGUGACGGCGCUGGGCAAGACCUACCACCCCGCCUGCUUCGUCUGCACCAUCUGCAAGCGUCCUUUCCCUGCGGGGGACCGGGUCACCUUCAACGGGAAGGACUGCCUGUGCCAGCGGUGUGUGCAGCCCAUGUCCCCCACGCCCAAAGACAUCAGCGCCUCCAGCAACUGUGCGGGCUGUGGCCGGGACAUUAAGAAUGGCCAGGCUCUGCUGGCGCUGGAGAGACAGUGGCACCUGGGCUGCUUCAAGUGCAAAGCCUGUGGGAAGGUGCUGAGUGGAGAGUACAUCAGCAAGGAUGGCGCCCCCUACUGUGAGAAGGACUACCAGAUCCACUUUGGUGUGCAGUGUGAAGCCUGCCAGCAGUACAUCACAGGGAAAGUUCUAGAGGCAGGCGAUAAACACUACCACCCCAGCUGUGCACGAUGCAGCCGCUGCAACCAGAUGUUCACGGAGGGAGAGGAGAUGUACCUACAAGGCUCAACAGUAUGGCAUCCAGACUGUAAGAACAGUAGCAGAGCUGAGGAGAAGUAUAGGGCAAUCCGCCGGUCUCCGGGGAAACCCACCCCUUUCGAUAUCUUUUUCCCCUCGUCCCAGACCCAGUCUUCCAGCCAAGCCGGCCAAGCCUCUAAGAGCAGGCCUGAGCUCCUUCCUCCCUCUGUAAGCUCCCUCCACCAAUCAGAAAGGCAGCCCACCCGGUCGUCGUCGGAGAGCAUCUGCUCGCGGCCCGGCUCCAGCAUCCAGGGCUCUCCGGGCCACACCAUCUAUGCAAAAGUAGACAAUGAGAUCAUUGAUUACAGAGAUCUAGCUGCCAUCCCCAGGGUCAAGGCCAUUUAUGAUAUAGAACGCCCCGACAUGAUCUCCUACGAGUCCUUCCACUCCAACUCCUCCACCCUGGACCACAGACAGGGCAGGCAAAGCCCAGGAGAGCCAGUAAGUGCUGGAUGUGACAGCUCCCCCAUGGCCCAAGAGACUAACCUGUCUCGACAGCCCUCCCCAGCACUGACAUCUCCCAGGACGUUGUCUCCCACCCCCUCUGCCGAGGGUUGCUAUGAUAUGAGGGAACGUAUCAUGCAGCGAUCGACCAGUCAGGGCUCUAUCGGGUCGCCAGUGUAUAACCGGCACAGCUACACGCCCACCGUGUCGCGCUCGCCCCAGCACUUCCACAGACCAGGAAUGCUGAAACUCUGUUCUUCUUUGCGCUCCGGUCCCAAUGACACCCGCCCCACUUCCCCUUUUCGACAUCACUUCCUCCCCCAUAACAAAGAAUCUUUCUGCAUAGAUCCAGCUGCCAUGGCAGCCCAAAGCAAGUCCUCCGAAGACAUCAUCAAAUCGGCCAAGUUCCCCGCUGCCCAUGCCCCGCGGGCCAACGAAACGCCAAAGAUUGAGACUGACUACUGGCCCUGCCCUCCCUCCCUGGCCGCCCUAGGAUCAGGAUCAGAUGGGCGGAGUCGUUCACGAGACGACGAAGAGGAGGAGAUGCUGAAACGCAGACAGAUUCAGGAAGAGCAUCUCAGCAAGAUCCAGUCUGGCCUGGGCAAGCUCAUCCUGAAGGAGGAGAUGGAGCGGGAGCUGAACAGGGAGAGAUACAGCUACACCACCCCUCGCUACAACCAGCAGUUCUCCAACUGCACCGCAGAUCCAUGCUCGCCAACCACCAAGACCUCGUCACUGCCUGGGUACGGACGAAACGGCAUGCACCGGCCGCAGUCUACAGAGCUCACUCAGUACAACAGCUAUGGGGACGUCUGCGGAGGCGUGAGAGCCAUGUAG